CCUUUAAGUGUGACCAGUGUAACUACGCUACCAGCUAUCAAACUCAUUUAAAAGCUCAUCUGAUGACACACACUGGUGACAAGAGAAUACACAUUGGUGAAAAGCGCUACAAAUGUGACCAUUGUAGUUUUACUAGCAAGGCCAAGGAUUACAUGAAAAUUCAUAUCAGAAUUCAUACUGGGGAAAAGCCCUUUAAAUGUGACCUGUGUGACUACGCUAGCGGCCGAAAGAGCACUUUGCGAGUACAUAUGAGGACACACACUGGUGACAAGCCAUAUAAAUGUAACCGAUGCAACUACGCUUUCACCCAAAGAAAAGAUUUACAAGCUCAUGUAUCGAAACACACUGGUAUGAAGCCUUUUAGAUGUGAUCUGUGUAGUUUUGCUACUGCCCACGAGCGUUCUAUUGCAAGACAUAGAAUGAUGCACAAUAAGCCAAACAGGCAUGACCAGGGUAUCGAUGUUAGCAGCCAGAUAAGGCAUUUGCAACGUCAUGAGAGAAUACACAUUGGUGAAAAGCUAUAUAAAUGUGACCAGUGUAGCUAUACUUGCAAGGCAAAGGAUUAUAUGAAAAUUCAUAUCAGAAUUCAUACUGGGGAAAAGCCCUUUAAAUGUGACCUGUGUGACUACGCUAGCUGCCGAAAGAGUACUUUGCGAGUACAUAUAAAGACACACACUGGUGAUAAGCCAUACAAAUGUAACCGGUGCAACUACGCUUGCUACCAAAAAAAAGAUUUACAAGCUCAUGUAUCGAAACACACUGGUAUAAAGCCUUUUAGAUGUGAUAUGUGUAGUUUUGCUACUGCCCACGAGCGUUCUAUUGCAAGACAUAUAAUGAUGCACAAUGAGCCAAACAUGAGUGGCCCGUGCAGCAAUACUUGCAGUUCCGAGAGUAGUAUGAAGCACACUGGCGAAAAGCCAUUUAAAUGUGACCUUUGUAACUACGCUACCUGGUAUAAAACUAAAUUAAAAAGUCAUUUUAGGACACACACUGGAGACAAGCCAUAUAAAUGUAACCAGUGUAGCUUUACUUGCAAGGCUAAGGAUUAUAUGAAAGUUCAUAUUAGAAUUCAUACUGGGGAAAAGCCCUUUAAAUGUGACCUGUGUGACUACGCUAGCUGCCGAAAGAGUAAUUUGCGAGUACAUAUAAAGACACACACUGGUGAUAAGCCAUACAAAUGUAACCGAUGCAACUACGCUUGCUACCAAAAAAAAGAUUUACAAGCUCAUGUAUCGAAACACACUGGUAUGAAGCCUUUUAGAUGUGAUAUGUGUAGUUUUGCUACUGCCCACGAGCGUUCUAUUACAAGACAUAGAAUGACGCACAAUAAGCCAAACAUGAGUGGCCCGUGCAGCAAUACUUGCAGUUCCGAGAGUAGUAUGAAGCACACUGGCGAAAAGCCAUUUAAAUGUGACCUUUGUAACUACGCUACCUGGUAUAAAACUAAAUUAAAAGGUCAUUUUAGGACACACACUGGAGACAAGCCAUAUAAAUGUAACCAGUGUAGCUUUACUUGCAAGGCUAAGGAUUAUAUGAAAGUUCAUGUCAGAAUUCAUACUGGGGAAAAGCCAUUUAAAUGUGACCUGUGUGACUACGCUAGCCGCCGAAAGAGUACUUUGCGAGUUCAUUUGAGGACACACACUGGUGACAAGCCAUAUAACUGUAACCGGUGCAACUACGCUUGCUACCAAAAAAAAGAUUUACAAGCUCAUGUAUCGAAACACACUGGUAUGAAGCCUUUUAGAUGUGAUCUGUGUAGUUUUGCUACUGCCCACGAGCGUUCUAUUGCAAGACAUAGAAUGAUGCACAAUAAGCCAAACAGGCGUGACCAGGAUAGCGAUGUUAGCAGCCAGAUAAGGCAUUUGCAACGUCAUGACUCAUGAGAGAAUGGUGAUUGGUGAAAAGCUAUAUAAAUGUGACCAGUGUAGCUAUACUUGCAAGGCCAAGGAUUAUAUGAAAAUUCAUAUCAGAAUUCAUACUGGGGAAAAGCCCUUUAAAUGUGACCUGUGUGGCUACGCUAGCUGCCGAAAGAGUACUUUGCAAGUACAUAUGAAGACACACACUGGUGACAAGCCAUAUAACUGUAACCGGUGCAACUACGCUUGCUACCAAAAAAAAGAUUUACAAGCUCAUGUAUCGAAACACACUGGUAUAAAGCCUUUUAGAUGUGAUCUGUGUAGUUUUGCUACUGCCCACGAGCGUUCUAUUGCAAGACAUAGAAUGACGCACAAUAAGCCAAUCAGGCGUGACCAAGGUUCGUAGCCAUAUGCACACUGCACAAACUUACGCAACUUCUAGAGUUAGCGUGGAGAAUUUAUUCUUAAAUCUGCUGUUUCUUUUAUAUUCGAUAUUCUAGUUGAUUAUACUCUACGUUCGUUGAUUACAUACAGUCAACCAAUUGGAACCCUAGGUCCUACAACCAUGUCAAAAUGACAAGCAGUAAGAGAUUUCUUACAAUCUGAUUUAUAACGUCACUAUGACAUAGUUGUACAGUGGCCUAGGGUUCCAAUUGGUUGACUGUAUGUGUGAAGUGUUAGUGUAUUAUCAUAGUCCACACAGAUUACUAGCAAUUCGUAAUCCCCAUUACAAAGAUAAGGCUUUAGGUAUCUUAUCAAUUGUCAAUCAUACAAACUGGGCUGGAACUAAAGUCGAUAAGGCUAUAGUUUGUUACCAAUUAUAAGAAAACCAGCCCUUAUUGCCUGAAAUACGGUAGUGACAUUGACAUUGGCAACUGACAUUCGCUUUGUAGUAAUAAGAAAUAAUUUUGACAUGUAAGAAAUUUAUAGCCUCUUGCCGCCCAAUGUGCAAUGGGAUGUACAUUUGGGUUCAUUAGAAUUCUAACUUUCAUGUGAAUAAAUAAAGUUACAUUUCUUUUGUCUCUAAAAUUUUUCGAACAACUGAAACUCAAAUUAAAAUGCAACUAGGAUCAAAAUUCUCUAGAUUUUUUUUGUAUGGUGGGCGUUACGAGGAAGUGUAGUGUAAUUUUUCAUGAAAUAAAUAAAUCUAAAUCUAUAUUUUUUUGACAUCAUCAUCAACGUUUUUCAUUGUCGCCCCUUUAUUAUCCAUUACUCCCUUGGGAACAACAUAGUACAUUAUUCUUCAGUGCACGUAGACGCAAUGAGACCUUUAAACAGCAAAUGUGAUGAAAAAGGUAGUUCAGUCUCAUUAAUCUUCAAAUGCUUUUAUUUAUUAAGUUUGUUAUGGCGUUAUUCAUAAAGCCGAAUUAGCUAAUUCGUCGUGUUGUAAAUGAAAUCGACGUUUUAUUUAUGUAUUUCCGAGAAAGGCAUAGAAUACAAAUUAUUGUCUUCGGUAGCGAGAUAGUUACUCAUGAAAUAAAAUUAUGGAAACGGAUUAUAUCGUCUAGUUACCCGUUGAUCACGAACGGUGUAUAGUGUUCGAAAAGUGUAUGUAUUGUAAAUUAAUUAUACGCGAUGCGAUCCGUUUCUA